AUGCCUCAUCGUCCUGUUCCCAAUCAUAUACUAAAACCUCCUUAUGCCGAAACAGGCAUCUCUUCCAACUGGGGGCCUGACAUUCCCAUUCUUUCCGAGCAAGAGAUUAUUGGCAUGCGACAAGCAGGAAAACUUGCUAAAGAGAUCUUGUCUUUAGGAUCUACCCUAUGCAAGCCAGGUGUUACUACAAAUGAUAUCGAUAAAGUCAUUCAUGAGGCCAUUAUCUCCAAGAAUGCAUAUCCUUCACCUUUGAAUUAUAUGGGUUUUCCGAAAAGUGUGUGUACAUCUAUCAACAAUAUUAUUGCUCACGGUAUACCUGACGAUAGGCCAUUACAGGAUGGUGAUAUUAUAAACGUUGAUGUUACCUUGUAUUUAAAUGGAUAUCACGGUGACACAUCCGCUACAUUUUUAGUGGGUAAUGUAGACGAAAAGGGUAAAGCAUUAGUCGAAUGUACGAAAGAAACUCUGGAGAAAUCGAUCGCAAUUUGUGGUCCAGGUGUCCCGUAUAAAGAAAUUGGCCGUAUUAUUUGUGAGCAUGCCAUGAAGAAUGGAUUUUCUGUGUCAGAAGAAUUAUCGGGACAUGGCAUCGGAAAAGAGUUUCAUAGUUUACCUUUGAUUUACCAUCAUAUCAAUGACGAGGAAGGAGAAAUGGUCUCUGGUACCACUUUUACUAUAGAACCUAUUCUUUGUCAAGGGUCUGCAUCAGGUAUCAUGUGGCCGGAUCAAUGGACUAUAUCCACUGUAGAUGGUGGUAGAAGUGCUCAAUUCGAACAUACUCUCCUGGUCACUGACAAUGGUGUAGAAAUUUUAACGUAG